UACGCCGGCUCCGCGCCGCGGUGUUCGACGGGACUUCGGCGGAGAGCGACCUCGGGGUUAAGGGGUGGGGCUGACGUCAGGAACCAAGAUGGCGGCGGUGGUCGCGGUCUCCUUGAGGCGCCGGUUCCCGGCCACAGCCCUCGGCGGAGCGUGCCUGCAGGCCUGCCGAGGGGCCCAGACAGCUGCAGCCGCAGCUCCUCGAAUCAAGAAAUUUGCCAUCUACCGAUGGGACCCAGACAAGACCGGAGAUAAACCUCGCAUGCAGACUUAUGAAGUUGAUCUGAAUAAGUGUGGUCCCAUGGUAUUGGAUGCUUUAAUCAAGAUUAAGAAUGAAAUCGAUUCCACCUUGACCUUCCGAAGGUCAUGCAGAGAAGGUAUCUGUGGCUCUUGUGCAAUGAACAUCAACGGAGGCAACACUCUGGCUUGCACCCGGAGGAUCGACACCAACCUCAACAAAGUCUCAAAGAUCUACCCUCUCCCGCACAUGUAUGUGAUCAAGGACCUCGUUCCCGAUUUGAGCAACUUCUAUGCACAGUACAAAUCCAUCGAGCCCUAUUUGAAGAAGAAGGAUGAGUCCCAGGAAGGCAAGCAGCAGUAUCUGCAGUCCAUAGAAGAUCGUGAGAAACUGGACGGGCUGUACGAGUGCAUCCUCUGUGCCUGCUGCAGCACCAGCUGCCCCAGCUACUGGUGGAACGGAGACAAGUACCUGGGGCCCGCAGUCCUCAUGCAGGCCUACCGCUGGAUGAUCGACUCCAGAGAUGACUUCACGGAGGAGCGCCUGGCCAGGUUGCAGGACCCCUUCUCCCUGUACCGCUGCCACACCAUCAUGAACUGCACAAGGACCUGUCCCAAGGGUCUGAAUCCCGGCAAAGCUAUUGCCGAAAUCAAGAAGAUGAUGGCCACGUAUAAGGAGAAGAGGGCCGUGGCCUAGCCCUCCUGCUGAGCUUGGCUUCUGAGCAGCUCAGAGCCGAACCGGGCUUGCAUCUAAUUUGAAUUCCUUCAAAGGUCUUGAUUUUCCAUGAAUACAGCAUGUUUAAUAAAAGUUCUAAGAAAUAAAUAUUAUUCUACUUUAUUAA